CUGGGCUGGGAGUCGGAGAGCCGUGAGCGCUGCUCGGAACUGCCUGGAAACUUCAGUGGGGCGACAACUUUACCAAUUUCUGUUCAGGAACUUUUCUUUGCAAGAGAGACGGGGUGCAAGUGUCCCCAGUUUCGUUCUCUGUCUUCCCUUCCUUCUCCUCCUGUCCGAUUCGCCUUCCCCGGGUUUGGAGCGGGCAGCUGAGCAGCGGCCACCCAGCCAGUGCCUCUGCUAAGUGCCCGCCGCUGCCGCCCGGUGACGCGCCAACCUCCCGGGGAGCCGCUCGCUCGGCGUCCGCGUCCGGGCAGCAGAGGGAAGAGAAGCCCCAGCCGCCGCGGCUUCUCGCCUUUCCCAGCCACGCGCCCCCUGCCCCGGGCUCGCGUAUGAAUCUCCUGGACCCCUUCAUGAAGAUGACCGACGAGCAGGAGAAGGGCCUGUCCGGCGCCCCCAGCCCCACCAUGUCCGAGGACUCGGCUGGCUCGCCCUGCCCCUCGGGCUCGGGCUCCGACACGGAGAACACGCGGCCCCAGGAGAAUACGUUCCCCAAGGGCGAGCCGGAUCUGAAGAAGGAGAGCGAAGAAGACAAGUUCCCCGUGUGUAUCCGCGAGGCGGUCAGCCAGGUGCUGAAGGGCUACGACUGGACGCUGGUGCCCAUGCCGGUGCGCGUCAACGGCUCCAGCAAGAACAAGCCACAUGUCAAGCGGCCCAUGAACGCCUUCAUGGUGUGGGCGCAGGCUGCGCGCAGGAAGCUGGCGGACCAGUACCCGCAUCUGCACAACGCGGAGCUCAGCAAGACUCUAGGCAAACUCUGGAGACUGCUGAACGAGAGCGAGAAGAGACCCUUCGUGGAGGAGGCGGAGCGGCUGCGCGUGCAGCACAAGAAAGACCACCCGGAUUACAAGUACCAGCCACGGCGGAGGAAGUCCGUGAAGAACGGGCAGGCAGAAGCCGAAGAGGCCACGGAACAGACUCACAUCUCUCCUAACGCCAUCUUCAAGGCGCUGCAAGCUGACUCGCCUCACUCCUCCUCGGGGAUGAGCGAGGUGCACUCCCCGGGAGAGCACUCCGGGCAAUCUCAGGGUCCACCGACCCCACCCACCACUCCAAAAACCGACGUGCAAGCUGGCAAAGUUGACCUGAAGCGAGAGGGGCGCCCUCUGGCAGAGGGGGGCAGACAGCCCCCCAUCGACUUCCGCGACGUGGACAUCGGUGAGCUGAGCAGCGACGUCAUCUCCAACAUCGAGACCUUUGACGUCAAUGAGUUUGACCAAUACUUGCCGCCCAACGGCCACCCAGGGGUGCCGGCCACCCACGGCCAGGUCACCUACACCGGCAGCUACGGCAUAAGCAGCACCGCAGCGACCCCUGCGACCGCGGGCCACGUGUGGAUGUCAAAGCAGCAGGCGCCGCCACCUCCCCCGCAGCAGCCCCCGCAGGCCCCGCAAGCCCCGCAGGCGCCUCCGCAGCAGCAAGCACCCCCGCAGCAGCAGCAGGCACCCCAGCAGCAGCAGGCACACACGCUCACCACCCUGAGCAGCGAGCCGGGCCAGUCCCAGAGAACACACAUCAAGACGGAGCAGCUGAGCCCCAGCCACUACAGCGAGCAGCAGCAGCAUUCCCCGCAGCAGAUCGCCUACAGCCCCUUCAACCUUCCGCACUACAGCCCCUCCUACCCGCCCAUCACGCGCUCGCAGUACGACUACACAGACCACCAGAACUCCGGCUCCUACUACAGCCACGCAGCGGGCCAGGGCUCGGGGCUCUACUCCACAUUCACCUACAUGAACCCGGCGCAGCGCCCCAUGUACACUCCCAUCGCUGACACCUCCGGAGUCCCGUCCAUCCCGCAAACCCACAGCCCGCAGCAUUGGGAACAACCGGUCUACACACAGCUCACCAGACCCUGAGGAGCCCUUGAAGAGGGAUGGAGCUGGAGCUGAUCAUUAAAAAAAGA